UUCAUAUUACACCAGCAUGACGUCUCCCCAAUCCAAUACACCAGCCGAAGUGACCAAGCACCUUACAGAGGGUGAUUAUGAUUCGUUGGAUACCAAGGCAAGAUAUCUGGCGUAUACAGCUCGUAUUCGUACGGCGAUCACGGCAACAUCACGAUACCUUGCUUACACAUCGGAUGUCGGUGAAGCAUUUCGUCCCAUUGUUUCGCCCUUGAUUGUCAAGGCCGCUUACGGUGUCAGUUGGGCUUACCUCGGUUUGGAUGUUGCUUAUGAAGGUUACAAAGCUGUACAUGCUGGCAAGGACUCGGCUGUGGUUGGAACGUUGAUGGUGAAACGUGGUGUUUUUCAAUCGAUUGCGUCGAUGGCUCUACCAAUGUUUACCAUUCAUUCGGUGGUGAAGCAUAGUGCCAAGAUGUUCACCAAUGUGAAGAACGCCAAGUUGAGAACGUGGGGCCCCACAUUUUUGGGUUUGGGUGUGGUGCCAUUCCUUCCGUUCCUCUUUGAUCAUCCAGUGGAAACAGUGGUGGAUCGCAUGUUUGAACCUCUCGAACAGAUGGUCAGCCGACAAACCGUUCCACGAGUGGCACAUGAGACUUCCACGACCGAAAGAUUAUCUGAUGUCCAUACCGCACCACAACAGCAACAACAACAACAACAACAACAGGAGAAGAAGAGCCAAUAGAUCUUUUUUUUUUUUUUU